AUGGAGCUUCCUCGCCCCGUGCUGCCAUCCCAGCGCUAUUCCCCAAACACAUCCACAGCCGACUACUAUGACAGGCGCCAGCAGGUAUCCGGGCCCAGGCAGCCUCUCCGAGAGUCCUCGGGCAAUGCUCAGCCUCAGCAUCUCGGAGCCUUGACGCUCUGCUCCCAGAACCUCUCCGCCCUCACCUCUCUCCCCCACUCUAUCCCAACUCCCCCUAUCGUCCCUACACAGUCUCUGGACUCCCACUAUGGCCCCGGCAGCAAUCUCAAGCUCCGCCGCCAUCAGCUUCACCUCCAGAGGCGCCAGAGGCAUGGUAUUAACCCCAUCUACCUGUCUCCUCAGUUCCAGGCCUACCGCAAGAAGCAGGCAGAGAAGGACUACAAGACGGCCCAGAUCUGGCCUGACUUUCUCGAGGAUGCCUUUCUCGAUGCCCUGCUCCUGAUUCCCCAGAUGGGAAGGAGAAAGUACACAAUGAGGGGCCAGCAGCACGGCCGCAAUAUGCUCAUCAGCGAGUAUCUCUGGGUCGCCUACUGCAUCUCACUGCCGCCAGGCGAGAAGCCAAGCAAGCUCAUGAGGCGAGAGCGUAAGCAGGUGUCCAGUCACAUUCAGGUGCUGAAGAACUUCUUCAUCCACCACAGGUGUUCUCGAAAAGACCACUUCUUCUUUCCUGGAAAGGAGAAGAAGGACGACAGAAGAGACUCGAUUGAGACCGAGUCCUUCAAGGACAACCCUGUGCUGCGUGCUCUCUCUGAGGGUCGUCUCCCUGACGAGCGACCCAACUAUGAGUACUUUGCCCAGCUCCUGGCGUCAGAUGCCUUGGUCACUGUUCGCCCCAGUCUCUGCUGGAUCCUCGUGUCCAACAACUCGGUCGAGGUUGAGAUGGAUGGCCCUCUUCGUGGCACUGGUUUCGCUCCAAGCGGCGAGAAGCUGAACCCCAAGCUUUACCCUCAUCUCGGCCUCAAUCUCAAGCGAGAGGAGUGGCCGGAGCGUGGUAAGAUCAUCCGUGGCACCCUUCUGCAGGAGUACGCUCGCACUCUCAGCCAGAAGGAGGCGAGCUCCGUCAAAGAGCUCAGCCAAGACUGGGAGGAGAACUUCCCUGACCUCUACACCCCACUCGAGGAGGUUGUUCAGAACAACUUGCGGGAUAUCCUCCAUUUCCACGUGACCCUGGACGUGCAAGAGCCGGAUCAGUUCCCCGAGGGUUCUGAGCUCAACAGCCUGGUGGAGAUCACCAUUGAGCAGCCGGCCCUGCAGAACCACACCUGGAAGGCGGUGACGCGCCUUGCCAGACCUUGGCAGCUGACCAGGGAUGAGAAGACCGACCCGCCCGUUGUGGAGGUCACUCGCGAGAUGGGUGUCCAGUAUGUGCACCGACAGGGCUGCGAGAACCACGCCCGCUGUGACUGCUCGGUCACCGCUCGCCUCCGCCGCCAGCAGCUCGCUGUUCCCUUCCCUGCGCCGGAAUGGGCCACCAUGCUCAGCCACUUGGCUACCUUCGCCAAACACCCGCAGGUCAACAAGUCCAAGGUCAAGGUCGAGUAUGACGAGAAGGGCAACAGGACUCACGCCUCCAAGGAGCCUACUCAGAUGGACCUUGUCAAGAAGAUUGCCAUGUUCCAGGAGCUCUGGUCUUGCCCCCCUGGGAGCGGACAGUGGACCAGGCGCGCCGUCAUCCUCUGGACCUUUGAGACGAUGCACGGUCUGGACGACAAGGGGAAGAUCAUCAACAACUCAGUGGGAACCACCUGGAGAUUCUUGACCGCCAUCGACCCGACCUCGCAGUAUCACCAGCAGCACGCCCUCGUGUCCGGGUCCAGCCAGCCGCCUGUCAACCGCGAUGCGAUCAUGUCUCCUGGCCCCGGCUACCAGCAGCACUUGACUGCGGCUAUGAACGAGAACUUUGGCUCCGCCUGGGACCAGCAGUCCCCUCUGGGCAUGCCCUCUGGCCACCACGGCUCUGUCCCGUACGGCCCAGGUGCCAUCAGCAUCCUCGACUCUCUGCCUCACGGGCUGGCGACGCCUCCGCCCAGUGCCAGCUUCCACUCGACAUAUGCCAACGGCCUGAGCGCCGCUCACCAGCACGACAUGAACGGCCACCUUAGCUUCAUGUCCAACCCGGCCAUGGACACCAAGAGCACCAUGAUGUCCGCCCCCGACUCGCUUUACGCGACAGCCGGCGGUGUCAGUGUCUACGACGAGUCUCCGGUGGACUGCGACCCUAGCAGCUCUUUCCAGGGCUGGGAUGCGAACUCGAUGCCCGCGAUGGACACCAGGCUGCAGCCUUCGUGGACGACCAACUUUGACUUCAGCAGCCAGGGACCGCCUCAGCACGGCAACCCGAGCCACAUGUGGAACCACGGCCUGGCCCCGAGCGACGCGAAGCCGAACGUGUCGUCGUCGCACUGGGCCGCGACGGUCGCCAGCGCCGACGACAAGGGAGACGCCGCCGCCUGGAACGGCCAGCCGCAGAGCUGGAUGCAGACGGUGGCCGCCGGGGACGGCAGCGGCGCGGCGCCCCCGACCUGGGACGACUCGAUGCCCCCGCCGUCCUCGGACGCCACGGCUCCGCAGGGCGUCCCCGCCGCCGGCACCGGCGCCGGCGCUCCGCAGUUCCACAGGUCGCACUCGAACCAGGGCGUGCGGAACCAGCUGUCGCGGUCGGCGACGACGGGCUCGCUGGCCGGGCCGCGCGCCGGGCAGAAGCGCGGCCGGUCGGACAGCCUCGACGAGCGGGACGAGUACCCGCUCGCGUCGAUGCCGAAGCUCUCGCACCACGUCAGCGUCGCCAACGCCAAGUACGCCGCGGCCGUGUCGGCUGCCGGCACGCCCGCGCCGCCUCAGGGCGUGGUGGAUGGCGGCGCUGACCAGGCGGGCUCCGGUGGCGAGCCGUGGUGA